AUGUGGGCCGGACUGUUCCUUGGGGUCGCCUGUGUCGCGCUCCUGCCGCCCGGGACCCCGGCCCGGGGCUACCCCGCGAGGAAGCCGUCCGGGCACUCGGCGGCCGAGAGACGCCGCCUGGGCCCCCACGUCUGCCUCUCGGCAUUCGGGAGUGGCUGCUGCCCCGGCUGGGCACCAUCGCUGGGCAGCGGGCACUGCACCCUCCCUCUCUGCUCCUUCGGCUGUGGGGAUGGCAUCUGUGUUGCUCCCAACCUCUGCUCCUGCCAGCACGGAGAGCAAGGGGCCACGUGCCCAGAAGCCAGCAGACCUUGCGGGGAGUAUGGCUGUGACCUCAGCUGCAACCACGGCGGCUGUCGGGAGGUGGCCCGGGUGUGCCCUGUGGGCUUCACCAUGACGGAGACAGCGGUUGGCAUCAGGUGUACAGACAUCGACGAAUGCUUAAGUUCCUCCUGUGAGGGCCUGUGUGUGAACACAGAGGGCGGCUUCGUGUGUGAGUGUGGACCGGGCAUGCAGCUGUCUGCAGACCGCCACAGCUGCCAAGACACAGAUGAAUGCCUGGGGACCCCGUGUCAGCAGAGGUGUAAGAACAGCUUCGGGAGCUACCACUGCUCCUGCAGAACCGGCUUCCAUCUCCAUGGCAACCGGCACACCUGCCUAGAUGUCAACGAGUGUCGGAGGCCGCUAGAGAGGCGAGUCUGUCAUCAUUCCUGCCAUAACACCGUGGGCAGCUUCCUGUGCACAUGCAGGCCAGGCUACAGGCUCCGUGCUGACCGCGUGUCCUGCGAAGCCUUCCCCCAGGCCGUGCUGGCACCCUCGGCCAUCCUGCAGCCCCUGGGACGCCCACCCCCGAUGCUGCUGCUCCCUGAGGCCGGCCGGCCCCCCCUCUCUCCCGGACACAGCCCGCCUUCAGGGGCCCCUGGGCCUCCAGCUGGAGUCGGCACCACCCACCUGCCAUCGCCCACACCCGCCCCAGCUGCAUCCUCACCUGCUGCCCCUGACCAGCUGCCGUCCACUCCCACGGCCUCCUCGUCCACUCUCACGCCUCCCUCGGUACUCUCGGAGAAGGUGGUUGUGGCCCCAUCCCUGCCCAGGGGGCCUGCGGCCACACCGCCGGCCCCGAAGCCCUCUGCCUGCUGGCACCUGGGGGCCGAGUAUGCGUCUGGGAGCCGCUGGACGCAGCCGGGGUGUUGGCAGUGCUGCUGCGAGGAUGGGGAGGUGACCUGUGACAGGGUGAUCUGUGACGUUGCGUGUUCCCACCCUGUUCCCCCCGGAAAUGGGAGCUGCUGUCCGUCCUGUGCAGGCUGUCUACACAGUGGCGUCCUCCGGGCCGAGGGGGAAGUGUUCUCCCCUCCCAAUGAGAACUGCACGCUGUGUGUCUGCCUGGCGGGAAACGUGUCCUGCAUCUCCCCGGAGUGUCCUCCGGGCCCCUGCCGGCCCUCCUCGCCGUCAGAAUGCUGUCCCUGUGCUCCAGUGCGCUGCCAUUUCCAGGGCCAGUGGUACGCAGAUGGUGCCGUGUUCACCGGGGCAGGGGACGAGUGCACGUCUUGUGUGUGCCAGAAGGGGGAGGUGGAGUGUUCCUUCACGCCCUGCCCAGAGCUGGACUGUCCCCGCGAGGACUGGAGGCUGGGCCCGGGUCAGUGCUGCUUCUCGUGCCGGGAACCCUCGCCCAUGACAGGCUGCUCUCUCGAUGACAACGGGGUGGAGUUUCCGGUGGGACAGAUCUGGUCUCCGGGUGACCCCUGUGAGUUAUGCAUCUGCCAGGCAGAUGGCUCCGUGAGCUGUAAGAGAACAGAGUGCCUGGACUCCUGCCCGCACCCCAUCCGGAUCCCUGGGCAGUGCUGCCCCGACUGUUCCGCAGGCUGCACCUACAUGGGCAGGGUCUUCUACAACAACGAGACCUUCCCGUCGGCGCUGGACCCGUGUCUGAGCUGCAUCUGCCUGCUGGGCUCCGUGGCCUGCUCGCCCGUGGACUGUCCCAUCGCUUGCACAUACCCAUUCCACCCGGAUGGCGCGUGCUGCCCCGUGUGCCAAGACUGCAACUACGAGGGACGGAAGGUGGUCAACGGGCAGGUGUUCUCGUCGGACGAGGAGCCCUGCACACAGUGCACGUGCCAGCUGGGAGAGGUGAGCUGUGAGAGGGUCCCGUGCCUGCGGGCCUGCUCCGACCCCGCCGCGGCUGCUGGAGACUGCUGCUCCUCCUGCCCAGAUGCCUUGUUUCUUCUGGAAGAAAGGCCGGAGCUGACCCCUCCGGAAGAUGUGGAGUUUGGCAAAGGCACCCGGAACCCCCACGGAGACCCCAAGCCCCCUGAAAACUGCAGUUCUUGCUCAGAUCCUCCAGCUGGGCUGCCUCCAAGACCGACGCCCCAUCUCCUCCACCUUCUCUUCAGGGUGAACUUGUCUCACGGGCAGACCCCAGCCACCAGCCCCCCCGGGGAGACAGGGGGCACAUUGUCAGGGGGGCAGGGGGCCUCGUCGCCCCCUCAGCCUUCACGGGGAGCCGCCACUCUACCUCCAACUGUUCCGGGGACACCUGAGCCACCGGCCCUUCCUUCCACAGAACCCCCAGCUGCAUCCUCUGCGGCAUGGACACUGCCUGGGCCGCCCUCCCUGCCCACCUCCAUGCCUACAGAUGCCGUGGCCCUUUCCUCGGAGGCCUCCAACUCCUCAAAGACCCUCAGCAGCUUCAUCCAGCCUCCUAGACUGUCCCCCACUGCUUCUGGACCCCCUGCAGACCUGGCCAGUCUGGCAACAGUAACACAAAAGGAGGAGGAGGAGGAAGAGCCCCCCAAGUAA